ACUACAACUACCAUCCAACCAGGGAGACCAGACCUGGCGUCUCGAUGGGAACAUGGUGAUGGAGCCGGGCUACCCCAAACCUCUGGCCUCUGAGUUUCCAGGUCUGACAGGAAGCAUCCGCGCUGCACUGGCAGUACCAGCCACCAUGAGCAGACCAGAGACUGUGUACUUCUUUAAGAGCGGAGACAUCAUGCAGAGGUUCACCUUUCCUCUGGACAGCACUCCCUCGUGCAGCAUCAAACCCAGGAGCUCUGCCAACAGACGUUUCGCUCGCCAGGCUGUUCUUCUAAGUGGAGAGAUCAACAUCAAAGUGUCUCUGAAGGGAUUUCCCACCCCAGUCACCUCUGCUUUGUCCAUGCCCAGCCCUCAGAGGAGCGACCUCUAUGAGCACUACGUCUUCUCUGGACCUCUCUUCUUCAGCGUCCAGAUCUCAGGCGACCUGCCAGCGCUGGCCAAACCUGACCCAUCUGCAGCCUUCGCACCCUUGCCAAUCCUCAGUCCUGCUGCCGUGGCAACCCACUCUGCCAUGGCUGCUCAAAAUGCUAACCCUCCUCUUCCCAACUCCAUCCAAGUCUGGCUGCGCUGUCUGUAGGGACAUCCCAAUGACAAGGAGACAGAGGCCAUGUUCUGGCAUUUUCUGCAAUAGCACAGCAAAUUUUACUGAGAAAAUAUGCCCAGUGAUCAAAAUGUAACAAUAUCCUUUAAAAAAAGAAAUAACUAGAUUCAUAUCAAGAUCUUUUAUUUUUCCAAGUACAUUUUUGUACAAUGCCAACUAAACACCAUCACACAUUUUAAUCCUCUAACACCUGUGAAGCCUGAGAAAAUUGAUUUGAUUUAUUUUGAAAACAUGGGGAAAAAAGGCACUGAGUGAGCAACUUGACAAACAAUGUCUACCAAAUUGAAAAAAAAAUUAUUAUUAAAAUUAUAAUUAUUUAUAAUCUUGUCAUUAUAUCAUUAAAACAGUACAGGAAAACAUUUUUUAUUUUUUUUUUUAAAUCACUUUAAGAACUUUUAAUUUUUAAAUAUUUGUUAAGUCUCUCAUUGUCCUCUUUCUCUCAAGCCCAGGUUUUAAAGGGUUAACAGCGCAACACUGCAAUAAAACCCUAAACCUUCCAACUGCAAAAGACACCUAGGAGAUUACUUCUACGGAAGUUAAAAGCUUUUGGAAAAGGUUGCCAGUCAUUUUGAGGAAUUUUCAAGAUGACCAAGUAUGAAACAUAUUAUCCAUUAGGUUUGUAAUAAACAAUACUCUUUAUGUCAGAAAAAUAAUGUGUGUGAAAUGUACGUGGUUUAGUCAAUAAAAAACCAAAUAACAAAAAUGAUUAAUGUUCAGUGAUAUAAAACUGACUCAGUGGACCACACAACUAAUGAGAAAUUAACCACAUAUCGCCGCUACUCAUAAUUCAUCUUUAUUAUUAAAACAAGUGUAUCAACAGGCCAAAGACAUAGCGAAAUAAAGAUACAUGAAUACAUGUCAAACUAAAAUUACAACACAAAACUAAAAAAAAAAACCUUACUGGGUUUCACAAUGUGACCUCACAUAUCUCAGAGAGGAUCGCACACAUCCAAAACGGUCAUAUGUUUCAUUUUAUAGUGUGAUAAUUGCUUUUGAAUGGACAGAUUUAUUGAAAAUACUCAAUGUCUCUAAAUUCUACAAAGAAAAUAAUUAGAGAAAUAAGCGUCAUCUUUUCAUUUUCUUAUUGGAUGAGACGGCUGAGCUGCUGCUGGUGACAUCAUAGUUAGGCGAUGCCGCCUCUGCCCAUGGCUCCGCCCCUUCCUCCUCGUGAGAAAGUCCCUGAAAAAAACAGAUGAAUGUGAGGAGGAAGCAGUUUAGAAUUGACUUAGAUGAUCCACUUGAUCAAACAUCAUCCUUGUUCAUGAUAUUUUUAUCUUCAUUAUUUUUGUUUCUUUUUGUAUGCUGCUCUCUGCUUACUGCACUUCAAUAAACAGCUUCAUCAUUACUCACA